GAGAUGAUUUAUUUUGCGAGACUAUGUUUAUUGCUGGUAGGACUGGGUCUUCAGGUCAAUCGUGUUAUCGCAACAAGCCCGACUUUCCUGCCCAUAGACUUCGCGUCCUGGUUCUGGCAAAGCUGUGAGGAUCUGGUCUGAAAUUCAUGACUUUGCGUAUGCUCACUGUCCUAGCUACUGUGCUGAGUAAUUGGUUGUAUAUUGAUGGAGGUCAGAUAGUUGCAUUUGGAAGUGAAACAGCUGGGGAUGGUCCAAAUUAUCAAACGAUCGCGAUUGAUCUAUCGAAAGAUUUUAACACGAGUUUGAUAAACGAGGCAUCAUACGUUGUAACAGAGAAGUCGACUGUGAUAGCGCCAAUGCGGCAGCCAGAUCUAUAUCACGAUCCACAAUCAAAUCUGUUGUACUCCUUAGGCGGCUCUGCGUAUCCCCUUGGGGCAUCAUCGGCAACUGGAUGGACCAACUCGAGUCAGCAGACUCAGCUCUGGGCAUUCACACCAAAAGACAAUGGCACCGCAGAUUGGGAUUUACAGGCAAUUGGUUCCACGGCAUCAUUUCCCUUCAGCGAAGUCGUAGCUGGGGCUCUUACAGCGACAUCGCCGACAAAUCAUUAUAUCCUAGGUGGAUACAGCAACUCAGAUAACUGGGGAUUGAGUCAGCUGCUCUCCUAUAACUUUGCGAAUGGAUCGUGGACCAACCAAUCGAUAUCGCUGUCACAAAAGUACUAUAUAUCUGGGCGUGGUCAGUAUAUACCUAGCUUUGGACAACAGGGCGUGGUUCUGUUCUUUGGUGGAACAUGGCCAACCAAUGGCGAUCCCACGAGUACAGACGCUCUUGCUGGACUAGACAGAGUCUUGGUCUACGACAUUCAGUCCAAUACUUUGUUCAAUCCACAGCAGACCACAAGUCCACCGUUGAAUCGGAUUAAUUUUUGUUCCGUCGGCGCUGGGAAUAAUGCCUCAGCGAACUCAAGUUAUGAAAUUUUUGUCUUCGGGGGUACCACCGGUGUCUCUCAAACGGCCGCCACGAAUCUCACCCUGUCCAAAGUCUACAUCUUGACUAUGCCCGCAUUCCAAUGGAUCGAAACUAACGUCACAGCAACAAUUUGGCGAGCGCUUCACACCUGCUCGGUUAUUGGGAACCGCCAAAUGAUCUCCAUUGGAGGGAUACCAGAUCAAGAUCAACUCCCUGCGAAUUGGUUCGAUCCGUGGACGAAUGGCAUGCAGAUAUUCGAUAUGACGGAGCUGUUCUGGACUGAUAGCUACAAUGCAUCAGCAGCUGAAUAUGAGGCACCGGACGUGGUUAAGCAGUUUUACAGUACCAACAACAGAUAUCCUGCGUCGUGGGUCGACCCCAAAUUGGCUGAUAUUUUCCAAACGAGUACCACGGACAGUGGAAAUUCCACGAGUUCUGGCAGCAGCACAACUUCCUCAUCUUCAGCACCUGCAUCACAUACCAGCAAGACAGGACCGGUAGUUGGUGGCAUAGUAGGAGGUGUCGCCGUUUUGGGUAUCGUUGCAGGAUCGCUUGUCUGGUAUCUCAAGCGAAAACGACAACUUCGACAUUCAAUAGCAUCACCGACCUGGCAGCCUGGCUCAGAUAAAGUAGUAGUGGAUCUAUAUAUGAAAGAGCAGCAACCUCCUGCAGAGCUGUUAGUUCAGGAGGAUGCUAGGCAUGAGUUGGAAACGAGACCUUCGGAACUUGAGGGUGAAUCGACUUUCAUCGCGAAGCCGGAGAAUAGUGCAAAGUGAAAGAGCUUUGGGGAUGAAGGGAG